UUAGGUUUGUGGGAGGCAGUAGAGUAUAUUUGUCAUUAUAUAUACACAUCUCCAUUCGUCUCCCAUUCUUCCCUUGCUCCACUUUUCUACAUUUCCUUCUUCUUAAUUCCAUAGCUCCCAAUCUGAUCCCACAUAUACAUACAUACAUAUAUAUAUUCUCAUCUUCUUCAUUAUAAUCGAAGGCAAAAUCAGAAUCAGAAUUCGAGCAGUUUAGGGAUUGGAAGACAAAUUUUAUCUGUGCAGAAAGGAGGGGAGAUCGAUCGAACAAUUGACCUCUCCUCGUUUGGACACAUGCUGCUGCUGCUGCUGCUUGUCCUGUCGUGUCUUGUCUUGUCCUCUAGCUGUCUUGUUUCUUAGUACUUUCCCACAACUAGUUUUGGAAUAUUCUUGGGAUUUGGGCCCUGCUUUAUUAUUGUUUUUGUUCCAUCGAUUCAAAAGGGGGGCUCUUUUUUUCUUUCUUUAAAAAAAAAAAAAAUUAUUUUACAUUUCUCGACAAAUCCGAAGUUGCUUCAGAAGAGCCAGAUUCUUCUCCAGAUUCAGCACAAAUAUUGUGGUUUCAAGGUUUUAAUCAUAUAAGAAGAUUAUGAAUACGUUCACGCAAGUUCCUCCGGGCUUUCGAUUCCAUCCGACUGAUGAAGAACUCGUCGAUUACUAUCUAAGAAGGAAGAUCACCUCCCGAUGCAUCGAAAUAGAUGUAAUAAAAGAUGUCGAUCUUUACAAAAUCGAGCCGUGGGAUCUUCAAGAGCUAUGCAGAAUAGGAACAGAAGAGCAAAAUGAAUGGUACUUUUUCAGCCAUAAAGACAAGAAGUACCCGACAGGGACGCGCACGAAUCGAGCGACGACAGCCGGGUUUUGGAAGGCGACGGGGAGGGACAAGGCGAUCUACUCGAAGCACGACCUAAUUGGGAUGAGAAAGACUUUAGUGUUCUACAAAGGAAGGGCUCCGAACGGGCAGAAGUCCGACUGGAUUAUGCACGAGUAUCGCCUUGAGACCGACGAAAAUGGAACACCUCAGGCAAAAGGAUGGGUUGUGUGUAGAGUGUUCAAGAAAAGAAUCGCGACGAUGAGGAAGCUAAGCGAGCAUGAUUCGCCAAUAUGGUACGACGAUCAUGUCUCGUUCAUGCCCGAGAUGGACUCUCCGAAGCACCACCACCACCACCACCACCACUCUCUUACCUACUCUCUUCCCUACUCAUGUAAGAAGGAGAUGUCGUCAUCAUCGUCAUCGAUGGACUUGCAAUACCCCGUCCCGCCAGAUCACUUCCUCCAGCUGCCCCUUCUAGAAAGCCCUAAAAUGAUUCAUCAUCAUCAUCAGCAGCAGCAGCAGCAACAACAGCAGCCAAGCCAAAUGAUGCCUUCUUACAACACUGUCCUAAAUCUCACCAAUGUGCACCACACAACGACAACAUUGCUCGAUCACGAAUCGAGUUUCGCGGAUCAGGUCACCGAUUGGAGGGUUCUCGACAAGUUCGUCGCUUCGCAGCUCAGCCACGAUGCGAAUAAGGAGAGCGAAGCGUUCGAUGACAAUAAGGCGAAUAAUAUCGACAACAAUAAUAACAAUAACGUUAAUAAUAACGGUGCGGCGACGGCGGCGGCGUCGACUUCGUCCUCCAUGGAUUUGUGGAAGUGAUGGAGUCUUUAUAUAUAUAUAUAUAUAUAUAUAUAUUGUGUGGGAGGGAAGAUUAUUAAUUUGGUGUUAUUGUAUAUAAUAAAUAUUGAAGAAACAUAUAAUAACCUAACUAUUGAUCUGCUAAAAGAAAUUAAGAAGAAGAAAAACAGCAAUGUAUAGGACGAUGGAUGGAUGUUAUUAAUUAAAUUAAGAGGAGAAGAAAA